UGAACGUUCGUUCUCUAAUCGAUUACCGUUUCGGAGCCAUCCUCUGAAUAAUGAAAAAUAAAAUAGCCUUCUACAUCAUAAGUAAACAAAUGGGAAAUCUAUGUAUUCGACAUUCAAACAUUAUAAUACAAGUGCUCAGUUACUCGCUGAGCAUUUUAUAACGUCGAAAGAAAGGAAUAUUUACAAUUUUAAAUUUAACAGAUAAAGAAUUGAUAACUCUUUAUUUACAAAAGGCUCACGAAAGUGAUCAGAGAAGAUAUCUUCCGAGAACGGCAAGAUAAAAUGAGGGACAAAGUUUUAAUUUAAAUAUUUUGUAUCACUGCACAAUACAUGAACAAAUAAAAAGCAGUUUAUAUAAUUCAUCUAUCCACCAUUCCAACUGAAUUUUGAGAAAGAAACAAGUGUGAAUGGCUCAAGAUGGCAGGCUCUGUCAAGGGUGAUGAAACAAAUUUGAUUGAUGAUCUGUGUGUUAAAGACAUUAACAGUGAAAUAAAUUCCCUAAAAGAGAUUCCCACAGUUGAAGAAAAAUUCAUAUGUGAUAUCUGUGGUAAAUCAUUUUCUAAAAUUACUAAUUUUAAUUAUCAUUAUCGAACUCAUACAAAUGAAAAACCAUUUUCUUGUCAUCUAUGCAGUAAAAAAUAUUCUCAAAAAACUGCUUUGAAUUAUCAUAUUUUUGUUCAUUUAAAUGAAAAACCCUUUUCUUGUGAUAUAUGUGGUAAAAAUUUUUCUCGAAAACCAAGUUUAAAAUAUCAUUAUAGAACUCAUACCAAUGAAAAACCCUAUUCUUGUGAAGUAUGCAGUAAAAAAUUUACUUGCAACAGUCAUUUAAUUGGACAUUCACGAACCCAUACAAAGGAGAAACCUUAUUCUUGUGAUUUGUGCAGUAAAACAUUUCGUCGUAAAACUUAUUUAACUGCACAUUUAGCUCUUCAUAAAAAUGAAAAACCUUAUUCUUGUGAAAUAUGCAGUAAAAGUUUUUCUCAGAAAUUUCGUUUAAAUUACCAUCGCCGAAUUCAUACCAAUGAAAAAACUUUUGUGUGUGAAAUAUGCUGUCGAGGAUUUAUGGAGAAAAAUCAUUUAAAGAAUCAUCUUCGUAUUCAUACAAAAGAAAAACCCUAUUCUUGUGAUGUGUGCAAUAAGAGAUUUACACAAAAAUCUGCUUUAAAUUUUCAUUAUACAACUCAUACCAAUGAAAAACCUUACAACUGUGAAAUAUGCAGUAAAAAAUUUUCUCUUAAAAGUCAUUUAAGUUUGCAUUUACUUACUCAUACAAAUGAAAAGCCCUAUUCUUGUGAUAUAUGCAAUAAAGGAUUUUCUCAUAAAAGUAAUUACAAUAGACAUUUAGUUACUCAUUCAGAUGAGAAACCCUAUGCUUGUGAUAAAUGCAGUAAAAGUUAUUAUCAAAAAUCACAUUUAAAUCGCCAUUAUCUAAUUCAUACAAAGGAAAAGUCUAUUUCUUAUGAUCUAUGAAAUAAAAAUUUUAACCAUAAACAAAAUGUGAAUGAGCAUUAUGUAACUCAUACCAAUGAAAAUUCCUAUUUUGUGAAAAAUGUAGAAAAAUACUUUAAGUCAAUACUUUUAUACUUUAAAAAAAAAGGAAAUCUUUAGUUAGGGAUAAAUAUAAUAAGACACUAUCUAUGAAAAGUUUUUUCAAUGAGCAAUGCUAUAUUCAUAAGAGUUAAAAAAUUUCACUAGACAUUUAUUUACCAUACAUAAAUGAAUUUCCAACAUUGAACUAAACAAUAUCAUGCUGAUAAGAUGAACAAAUUUGCAUUUAGAAAUACUUGUAUAAAUAUUUAUGGUGCCCUAUUUUAAAGUUUUGAUUGUUUCGUUGUAUAGUGAUUUAAUUUUAAUAUUAAGGCAAAACAGUUUUCUUUGUACAUUUUUUUUUUUCUAUUUCAACUAAUGAUGCAAUCAAAUGGUGAAAUUAUCUAUUAUUUUUCAUAGAUCUGAAAUUGAGUAAUUAUUUUUUUAAAAAAUAUGCACUUUCACUCAUACCUCUGUGAUGAUUGAAGAUUGCAAAAUUCAUACUUCUGGCUACUUGAUACUUCUGCUUUUAUAGUGAAUGAUGGUAUGUUUUUCCUUUCUAUGAAAAUUUUGUCAUUAUAAAUUUAAAUGUUUUUGCUAUGUUGCAUUUUAAAAGAGUUUAGUUAAAGAACUUUUUGUUUCAGUAGAAUAACGUUUGAGAAAUGAUGUGUAUGAUCAUUGGUUUCCUGUCUGCCAGUCUUUGUGUAAUUUAUUAUUUAUUUAUUAUUCAUAUAUAUGUUCAUUUUUAUUUAUGGAAAUAAACUGGGACAAACUUGUUAAUAGUCAUUCUCUUUAUAUAUAUAUAUAUAUUAGUAAUAAAUGCCAAGUUAAAAGGAAAAAAAUAGUAUCAAAAUUAAACUAAAUAAAAUAAGAACCCGGCCUGAAGACUUUCUCAAAGG